CCCAAGUCCCCCAACUUUGGUUUCUUCUCUCAUUCUCCCAUGCUCCGAUGCUCCCAUGCUCCCUCUCCCUCUCUAUUUAUUCCUCAUCUUCUUUUAAGAUUCAAACAUCCAACCCAACACCACCCACGUCGCCACCGCACCAGUUCAGCAACCACCGAUCCACCACGUCCAUCGUCCGCCACGCUUGUCACUCGUUCGUGUAGACGUUACUCAACCUAUUUACAACUUUCGCCACCUUACCAAAAACAUGCUCUCUUUUAUUAGAGGCUUCUCGAGUUCUUUAUUAUAAUUUUUUUUUUCCUGAAACCUCAUCGUAUUUUCAUCAAUACAAAAGGAAUUUGAUUCAAACAAUGGAAAGGCAGGAUUUUUGGAUAUUUUUGCUUGCUUUUAUUCCAAUAAUUUAUGGUCAAAAUGUUACAAUGGGUAGAAUUGUGGUUGAUGGAACUACAACAAUAGCACAAACAGAUGAGAAUUAUAUUUGUAUGACUAUUGACUAUUGGCCUUUCAAUGAGUGCUCUAAAAUUCCUUGUAUUUGGGAUGGCAAUGCAUCUGUGCUCAAUUUGAACUUGUCUCUUCCUACACUUACUAAGGCUGUGCAAGCUUUCAAGACUCUUAGGAUUCGAGUAGGAGGUUCUUUGCAAGACAAAUUGAUUUAUGAUAUUGGGAGCUUCAAGGGUAUUAAUUGUCCUCAAUUUGUAAGGGAUGAAAUUGGAAUGUUUAAAAUUACCGAAGGAUGUUUGUCUAUGGAAAGGUGGGAUGAUUUGAAUCAGUUUUUCAACAAGACAGGGGCAAUAGUGACUUUUGGCUUGAAUGCCCUCUUGGGAAGGCACCCCACAAUAGGAAUGUACUGGGGAGGAGAUUGGAACUACACCAAUGCAGAGGCACUUAUUCAAUACACUGUUGAAAAGAAUUAUCAAAUAAAUUCAUGGGAGUUUGGUAAUGAAAUGGUUGGUCACAAUAGUAUUGGGGCAAAUAUUACUGCUGCACAAUAUGCAAAAGAUUUGAUCAAGCUUAGGGAAAUCAUUGAUCGUUUGUACAACAACUCCCAACAAAAGCCUUUAAUUGUAGCACCUAGUGCAUUUUUUGAUGCCUCAUGGUAUGAAGAUCUUGUUAAUAAAACAGGCUCCAACAUCAUCGAUGUUCUCACUCAUCAUAUAUACAACAUGGGUGCAGGGGAUGACCCUAAGAUAAUUUAUAGGUUUGUAGAUCCAAACUAUCUCAGUCAAGAAUCAAGUGUAUUUCAACAACUUGAGAAUAUAGUUCAAAACCAUGCUCCUUGGUCUGUUGCUUGGGUUGGAGAAGCUGGUGGAUCCUAUCAUGGUGGAAGUCCUUAUAUUUCUAAUACAUUUAUUGAUGGUUUCUGUGAAUUCAAUAGGUACUUAGAUCAACUUGCAAUGGCUGCUUCGUACAAUACCAAAGUAUAUUGUAGACAGACUUUGGUUGGUGGAUUUUAUGGUGUUCUCUUACCCCAUACUUUAGCCCCUUCGCCAGAUUACUAUGGGGCACUUCUCUUUCACCAACUUAUGGGUCCUGGUGUUCUCAAAGUUGACAAUAAUGUCUCUUCCUAUUUGCGUACUUAUGCUCAUUGCACCAAAGGAAGAACUGGUGUAAGCAUGCUAUUCAUUAAUCUAAGCAACCAAACAGAGUUCACAAUUGAGAUUGAAAAGAACAUGAACAUGAGGUUGCCUAACAAGCCAGUUCAAAGGGAGGAAUAUCAUUUAACUCCAACUAAUGGCUUACUUAGAAGUUCCACGGUACUUUUGAAUGGAAAUUUAUUGGAGACUACAAAAGAGGGAGAUUUGCCAAGUCUUAUGCCUAUUUAUCGUGAUAGUAACUCUUUUAUAUCUAUUGCUAAUUGGUCCAUUGUUUUUGUUGUCAUCCCUGAUUUUGAAGCCUCGGCUUGUAAAUGAAUUUUUCUUUUUUUAAUUAGGUCCAUUGGUUUCCAUUUUAGUCACUCUUAUUCUCGGAUUUUAGGGUCUUGUAAGCAAUAAUUGUUUUGUAGUGUGAGCCUUAGAAGAAGCUUAUGUUUUUAUG